CGAAACAGGAAUAUAAAUAUACAAAUAGGGAUAUACUAAUUAUAUAAUUAUAGAAAUUCUGUGGUGAUAUUUAUUAUCGUUAAAUAAUACCUUCUGCUUAUGAGUAAAGCGGGAUCCUUGAACAUUGAAAUAAUCACAAUAAUGUGCCGGUGCCAUUGAAUCUCCAUUUUGGGCCCACGCGUAUAAAUAAUAUAAUACUUUUAAAGUGAAGAAUCAAUUUAUUUUGAGUAUAUCUUGUUAAUUUAAUAUUUUUUAUUUAUAAAAUUCUACGUCAUGAAUAAGGAGCGGGGUUGCUUGCCAAAAAAUAUAUACUUGACCGGAGGAAAUCCAGACUGCGCACCGACAGGCUUUUGUCCUGCGCCGCCACCGCCGCCACCACCGCCACCUGCUCCUGGCCAAGUACCAUCCCUUAGAAUCAGUACUGCAGAGGCACCAGCUCCAAGAAGAGCCCGACCAGAGAACAGCAACGAUCCUUACGAGCCGCCUGCAGCCAUACAGAAUGCGAUGAUGACCAAGGACAAGAAACCAUUUACAUACACCCCGGGUAUGGGUGGCAAGCUAGACCUGUCGCAAAUCCGAAGUCCACGUAUGGCACGUCGAGUAGCCAAAAAUGCGAACGACGAGGGUAUCGAGGGUCCGCCAAAAUCUGCCUUGGAGUCCAAGACCAGUCCGCCGGUACCGGGUGGCAAUGUAUACGUACAACCUCAGGUGGCUGUACCAGUUUUUCCAACGACUAUGCCAGUCCUGCCCCAGACGUCAACCAGGGCACCUAACAGUCAGCUGAACCGGGUGGCAUCGAAUGUCGCAGAUAGAGCAGUUGAACCGCCAAGACAAGCGCCGAAGGUGGCCGCCACUCCUGCAGUGGUGACUCCGGUUCAGCCAACCUCGCCCACGUCACCUGGUACCCCACCCGUUACUCUGACAAAGGCGCCAACUCCGUGGCUCCAGAAUAAGAACAAAAGCCAGGAGGAACUGCCGGAGUGGGCGAAACGGACGACUGCCUCCAGGUCUGAUGACUCGUUACCCGAGAGUCCCGUUUCACCGGGGACUCCGCGGCAAAUUCAACCAAUUCAGCUGACCCAGCAAACACAACCAACUCAGCAACAGCAGCAGACUCGCCCGCAGAUUCAGCAGCCGGAACGGACGAUACCCUUGCGAAUCGAAGACAGACCCUCGGUAUUUUCCGUGAUGCACGAGCCAGGUCAUCAUCAGUUGAAACAGUCGACUCCUCAUCAUCAGCAACGAUGGGGUCAGCAGCAGGGACCGUCUCAAGUACCGAUCCAGAUCCAGCAACAAAGAUCCGAUGGGGCCCGAGUUAUUCCGAUUAUGGUAGAGGAUAAUGCUCCGAGAUCACCAGCCAGAUCAGUGGCGCCACCGGCGUUUGUUCAAUCUCAAGGUCCAGCACAGACUAGGAACAUCCCUGUAGAGAAUCAGGCCACCAGAGUGGAUGUUCAACGUGGUCCUAUGCCAGGACAACAAUACGAACCAGGUCCGCUUCAAUCGCGGGCUUUUCGCGUACUUCAAAAAAUCACUGACACCGAUUCUGAUGUCGAUACCGAUCCUGCUUCAGAACAAAUCCGCAAACUUCAACUCACCGAAGACGAUAGGACACUCAUGAACAAAUUUAAGGAACAAGUCGAUGGCGAUACGUAUCUUCAUCAGGAAGAAGAUCCGAGAUAUCGUGGGGCAGCGAUACCAUCGCGAGCGUUCCGGUUCCUGCAGAAUAUGACAGAUUCCGGUGAGGUACCCGCAGCAUCCUCUGGUCCGCGAGCUCCUACUGCCAUACAAAAGAAGCAGCAAAACCGAAAUUCAAAGACUUUCGAGGAAGCUCAAGCAAAUCUGCCGCCGAGCGAGCAACAAGUCCAGGAACCGAAGAAAUAUAUGGGCAGUGCGAUACCAUCGCGAUCCUUCAGGAUAUUGCAGGCAAUGACGUCCCCGGAAAGUGUCGCCACGCAAGAAAAUCGACAACCAGAUUUCGCCUGUCAAACUGAGAAUAACAUGCCGGGCAAUCAGCAGGGUGUAUUUUUCCCGAACUGUCCCUCUCCCUAUUGGAAUCCUGAUGGGGGCUGGUGGGGAUAUUAUCCAAUGCAAUACGCAGCUAACACCAACUCCAAUAACAUCCCUUACGAUUCGUACGCUUACUACGGGUAUGGUGAUGGGAAUGCUUAUGCCUACUAUCCAAUGUACGAUCAAAACUACGGAGCACGUGGUUACGUCGAUCAGGGAAAGUCAGCUGAUAAAAUCGAAACCGACUACUCGGAUGUCGGUUACGCACAGAUUUAUACGCACUACGCAGCCACGGCUGAUUAUGAUCAAAAUUAUAAUAGCUCCUACGGGCAGACUGAAGAUACCGCCAUUUACAACAGCGUCUAUCCAUCUCCUGGCGACGAUCCCGUACUGAAGUCGCAAAAGGACUCCAACGUACCCAAGGAGAAUCCUGCUCUACUGACUGUACCCAAAUGGACCAGUCCUAGCAAUACACUGGUAUCUGUCAAGGAUAAAAGCAACGACAGCAGAGAUACCAUCAGGACGAGCGGUUCUGCUGGUGCAAGUGUCACUGAUGAGGAAGCUGGAGAGACGACGUCUUUGAGGAAAUCAGAUAACGGAGAUCAUUGUAAUGGAAAAAUCAAGGCUACGAAGAGGACAGCUGAUGAGGAUGCUGAUUCCAGCGAUGAAGAUUCUUCAGACGAUAGCUCUUCUUCUGAUAGUACAAGUACCAGUUCAGAUACUGACAGCGAUAGCGAUUCGGAUUCCGAUAGUGAUUCCGGUUCUGAGUAUUUGGCAUAUUCGACUGGUCUCAAUCCACGUGAGCGAGUUGAGCAUCAGGAGGUCGAUGUCAAGGUCAAUCUGGUGGAAAAGGAAUCUGGACAAUCGCUCUCGACCGCCACCAUUUCUGAUGACACCUAUGAACACUCUUCCAGGUUGUCAUCUGAUAAGAUGAGCUGCAGCGAGAGUGAUUCGGAUGUCGACGAUGAGUACCAAAUAGAGUCGCUUAACAACGAUUGCAUACUACCUCAUCAGCUAAGUGUCAUCUACGAAGACGCAGAGCAUCCUGACGCUGAUCAUCGCGGACUAGAGGCAAGGAAGGAUCCAGAGGAGAAGAAGGACGUGCCAUUGGAAGAAACUGAUGAUCCACCGGACGACGUUGAUGAUGGCGACGCCACAACGGUCAGUGUCAGUUUACCGUUACGGUUCAAAUUUUCGGUUUCUGAAAAUGAUGAGGACGUCACCACUGUCAUCGUUGGUGACAGCCUUGUCAAGUCUGAAAAGAGUUCAUCCAAGGAAGACAGUCUUACUAGGUCCUGUACCAAAGCCGACGAGGACAAUGACAUUCAUGUUAAUUUCCAGCUCAGCAAGAGCAACGUAGCGACAGCGAACUUCACUCUGAAGAAGCAAAAGUCCGGGGAGACCUUCGAUACUGAACUCACCUUGGGAACAGAGGAAGUGGAGGCGCAGCUUGAACUCAAGGAGAGCAGCAAUAAAAUUUUGGACGUCGACGUCACUGAUGUUGAUGACGUUAACGACUGCGUCACUGCUGAUUGUGAAUUUAUCUUCAAGAAGGACGUGGAAUCUCCUGUUGAGAAAGUCGACCUCAAUGACAAUGUGGAAACGGAAUUUACAGUCAGGACGAAGAAGACGGAUGUGACGAAACACGUUUGGGCCAAGGAUUUGAGCUUGGAGAAUGAAACUGAUCUUGAGACUCGCACGGGCAAGGAACCUACUGGCAGUGACGUCGUUACAGAAUGUAAAAGAAAAAUUGUUACAACAAAUGGCCACGGUACCGCUAGCUGCGACCAGGAGUUCCUCGUCACAGAGUCAAAGAGCAAGGUGGACGGUGACCUUUGUAAGGAGGUCACGGAGACAAAGAGUCUGAAGAUCAAGGAGAGCGAGACUGUUGAGACUGAGUUUACGGUAACGAAGUUACAUCCAGGCACAGCCAAGGCUGAUGAGGUGGACAGGGUAGAACAAAGGAAUGAGGUCAAGGGUCCCACCUCAGCUGAGCAGGAAAACGAGAGAAACGUCUCUGACGAUCAUGGACUCGGUGAAAUGUUGGCCUUCGAGUUGACUAUACAAAAUGAAGAAAAGGAAUAUGGCGGCAACGACGGUUCGAAUUUCGGUUAUAAGGAAGCCAAGCAUCUACUGAGUGUUCAAAAUUCCCGCGACGAGACGGACGACGAAGACAGUGGCGUCACUUCCGACAUGAGCAGACUCAUAUCGGAAGUAGACACGGACUCCGAAUGUGCGCCCAAUAAAAAGUCCAGCAAAUACCAAAGAACCCAAACACACUCCAGACUCUUCAAGCUGCUCAACGACGACUCGAUCCUGGCUGAGGAUUCGUCCGAGGAAUGCAGCUCACCGGCCAGUCGGGAGCAUUUGAGUCUGUCGUUAAAGAAACACGUGUUCAAUUACGAUGACAAUUAUUAUUCGAAUUACUCGAGCGGUCUGACCUCUCCGGAAUACUCGCCCAUAUGCGAGCAAUCCUGGAGAAGACUUCACGACCCUGACAACAAUGCCGAUUACGAGGAAUCCGCGCGACUGGCUCUCCGACAAGGUACCAUCGCCAGUGCGGACAGUCCCAAUCAAAAGGAUCCUUACUUCGAGACCUGGAAGACCCCCAAGUCGCCAUCCGAAUUCGAUUACGACAUCGUGCCGUCCCUAACCUUCAAGAAGCUCGAGAACAGGACGACUCCCUUUAGUGUAAAAAAGAUAAACGUCCUCUGUCCCAGGAUCAGGAGCUCGAAAAAUGUGCCUCAGGCACUUAAGUCAGCUCGUGCCAAGCCGAUCGUUUCGUCCAUUCCUUCCCCGUGUUACCUGAAAAAUGACCGUUGCUGAUGGCCCGAGGCAGAAUCUGACGUUAGGCCAUGCAUCCGGUCGACGGACGAGCGUUGAGAGUUUUGUCUAGUUUCGCCAGGCUGGGCUACGAUGCCCAGGAGGUACAGGCCACGUGUUUUUUUUCUAUCGGCCCCGACCAAACUGACUACUGAGGGGAUGCGGAUCGCCUCGCUCGUGAACCUGGUAUUACUAGUGUGUUUUUCUUUAUUCAUCGACUUCUCUCUCACCUUUUUUUUUUCUAUUUUGUUACACGAAUAAUCCGCAACAGUUAUUUAUUGUGCCUAUAGACUUUCGCAGUGUGUUGCAACGAAAAAAAAAAAAAAGUAAAAAAACAUUUGUAAUCACAAUUAUCGCAUUAUCUAUCUUACGCUGGCCUAAUCGAUCUUUGUAAUUCGACUGCAACGAGUGUGAACAUCGAUAAUCGAUUGUUAUGGAGAAAACAAAACGAUCUGUAAGACUUCGAUUUUCUUUCCUUCCCGACGACGCCUUCGUUAUAUUCGAUAGAAACGUGCGGAGGAGCUUCGGCCGAUCCUCGCGGCGAUAUUUCUAAUUGUUCUCGAACUUUCGCUAUGAAAAUUCUUAGUCGUCGGUGUUCUGUCACCGGUCGUUUUGAAACACACGUCCAUUAUCGUUUAUCGUUGGAGAUAUCGCUGUAUGAUUUAUGUCAGUUGUGUAAAAUAAAUUAUUUAUAAAGCUGA